UGUGGGCGGGUAAUUGGGGGACAGCGGUGUUUACUGUGCGGGAGGUGGGGAGGGUGUUGAGAAAGAGGUAUCAUCCGUGUUCUGGACCCGGACCACUGCCUAGGCCCUUGGGGGCUACUAGCACCAUGGGGCUCCGGAGGAAGAACAAGAGCCCGCCCGUGCUAAGCCAUGAAUUCGUGAUCCAGAACCAUGCGGACGCCGUGUCCUGCCUAGCUAUGGGCCUCCUGCUGGGGCUUAUGUUCGAGGUCACAGCCAAGUAUGUCAUCAUCUUUAUUACUGUGCAGUACAACGUUACCUACACCACUGAUGACAAGAGUGAACCCAUUCAUUUCUAUGAAUAUGGUCCAAAAGACAUUGCCACCAUUUUCUUCUAUAUGCUUAUAGCCAUUAUUCUGCAUGCUGUGAUCCAAGAAUACGUACUAGAUAAAAUUAAUAGACGUCUCCAUUUGUCAAAAACGAAGCACAGCAAAUUCAAUGAAUCGGGGCAGCUAGCAUUUUUCCAUUUGUUUUCAUUUGCCUGGGGAGCAAGUAUUUUGACUGCAGAAGAAUUCAUGACAAACCCUACCUUGUUAUGGAAAGACUAUCCCCAUUCUCACAUGCUUUUUCAGGUAAAAUUCUUCUAUGUCUGCCAGAUUGCCUAUUGGCUUCAUGCACUCCCAGAAUUGUACUUUCAAAAGAUUCGAAAGGAAGAUAUACCAAGACAGCUAUACUAUAUCUGCCUUUACAUUGCUCACAUAUCUGGUGCCUAUGUAUUGAACCUUCAGCGUCUGGGGCUAAUUUUGCUGGUACCUCACUAUCUAGUGGAACUCAUUUUUCAUGCCUCGCGUCUUUUCUACUUCAGUGAUGAAAACAAGCAGAAAGGGUUUACCCUUUGGGCUUUACUGUUUGUAAUGGCUCGUCUUUUGACCCUAACCUUAUCUGUGCUCACAUUUGGAUUUGGUUUGGCAAGAGUAGAGAAUCCAGGUUUUUCCAUAGCAGACGGAAACUUCAAUGUACUCACUGUGAGGAUUAGUUGCUUGGCUGCAAUUUGUCUAACACAGGCCUGGAUGAUGUGGAAAUUUAUAAAUUUCCAGCUAAAGAAAUGGAGAGAGCACAUCCAGAACCAGAUUCCUAAGAAAAAAAUAACUUAUGCAAAGAGCAAAUCAACAAAAAAAGAACCAAACAGAGCUAACUUUGUCAAUGGAGCAGUAAAAUUAGAAGAUGGAGCAUCACCCAGAACACGAAAAUCAAAAGCAUUAUGAGAUGGAAGCUAAAAUCAGAAGACAACAUUAUUGACAGAAGACUGUGAUUAAAAAAUAUAACCUGUCACUGCAGAAUCAUAGGCUGUCUGUCUUGUUAUGAUUUAAAUGGACACUAUCAAGUUAAAAUAUAUUUUAAACACAUUUUUUAUUAAUACAUAACUUACUAUGAAAA